GACAACCUUUUGGGUACAAUUCGACAGGACCGCUACUUCAGUUUUUAGAAUCGCUGUCCUGAUGUCAGACCGGAAAGCGGAGUUAGAGCGAAAAAAAGCAAAGCUUCUUGCUAUGCGAGAGGAAAAAAAGAAAAGAGAGGAAAUAAAGAAAACUGGUAUUUACGAUGCUGAAGUCUCAGACAUACGUCAAACGACUGAGGAAUUAUUAAAAGAUCUUGGCUUACCUGAACCCGUAGUACCUCAGGCUAGUAACAUACGUGAACUAGAAUCACCGUCUCUUGAUACGAUUGAUGGCGUGCUCCAACGUAAUUCCAAGAAACGGAAAAAUUUGCAAGUUUCUGAUGUUUUUGAGAUUGCGAUUCCUCCUCCGGAAACCAUAAUUUAUAGCAAAGAAACUCAGACUCUAGAAGAACCUCAAGAACGGGAAACAGGUCGUUCAACCGAUUAUUAUGUAUUAACAUACGAUGAAGGUAAUCGUGAUGAAGUGGAUGCCAAUGCUGCGUUAGCGGAACUGGAAAAGAUGCCUCAUAUCGGUGUCACUAAAACUGGACAAUCUCGUGGAAUAUUAGAUAAAAUUGAUGGAAUACGGACAAGUACUGAUGGUGUUGACGAGAAUACCUCAAAUGAUAUUCAACGUAAUGAUAUUAUCCUAAUGUCAGAGGAGGAAAAAGCUCAAUUAUUAUCAUCCGAUGCUUUUCUACGCUUUUUUGAACGUUCUUCACGUAUAAUUGAACGAGCGAUUUGUCAUCCAGAUGAAGGUAUCUUUUUGGAUUAUUCCGGUCAAGAUCUUGAAACUGAAGAGUCUGAUGAAUUGUUAACUGUAUCGAAUGAAUUUUUUGAUGAAAGAUGGUCUAAACAUCGUACAAUCACUGGUUUAGAUUGGUCAACUAUAUUUCCAGAAUUAUUACUUACAGCAUAUCAUAUGAAUGAAGAAGCUGUUCAUGAACCUGAAGGUGUUUGCUUAAUGUGGAAUAUGAAAUAUCCAAAGAAAUUAACACCGGAAUUUAUAUUUCAUUGUCAAUCCCCAGUUACAUCGGCUAGUUUAUCACGUUUCCAUCCAAACAUUGUAGUUGGUGGUACUUAUUCUGGACAGAUUGUCUUAUGGGAUAGUCGAGUCAAUAAGCGAACACCAGUUCAGCGUAGUCCAUUAACAUCAUGGGCUCAUACCCAUCCAGUAUUUGCAAUUACACUAAUUGGUACUCAGAAUGCCCACAAUAUUAUUAGUUUAGGAUCAGAUGGCUCAUUGUGUGCAUGGAGUUUAGAAAUGUUAGCACAACCACGAGAGAAAAGUAAAGUUUGUGAAAUGUCUUCUGGUGGUCUGUUCGAUCUUUAUCCUACAUGUAUGUCAUUUUUUGCUAAUGAUGUGAAUAAUUACGCUGUUGGUGCUGAAAAUGGUAAUGCUUAUUGUGGACAACGGCAUAGCAGUCGUACGGGUGUUGCUGAAGAAACUUCACGUCAUGUUCCUUAUAAAGGACAUGGUGCACCUCUUACAGCCAUCUCUACUCAUCCAAGUCCUGGUGCUUUUAGUUUUUCAUCGCUGUUUCUUACUGCAUCAUUAGAUUGGACUGUACGUUUAUGGUCUACACGUGAACAUAAACCUAUACAUACAUUUGAUGAUUAUUCGGAUUAUGUAUAUGAUGUAUGCUGGAGUCCUAUACAUCCGGCUGUAUUUUCCGCUGUUGAUGGUACUGGAAAUUUAGAUAUAUGGGAUAUGAAUCAAGAUGCUGAAAUUCCUGUGGCUCGUCGCAAAUUAGGAUUAUCAAGCAAUGUAGACACAUCUUCAUCGUCAUCAUCUGGUCUAGUUGGUGUUGCUUUAAAUAAAUGCCGUUGGAAUAUUGCAGGCACACAUGUAGCUGUUGGAGAUGAUACCGGUCGUGUUACUGUUUGUAAUGUUCACGAAAGUCUUUCUCAACCUGCCACUGAUGAUUGGUCUAGUUUCGCACAUGUAUUAUCUGAUCUUAAACACUAUGAAAUGGAGCCAGAAGUAGAAACAGAAGCAUAAUCUUGGUUUAAGGCCUGAUUUUCUCUAUUUUUUUUGUAUUUCUGUGAAUCAUACAUACCUCUUCUAUGUAACACCAAUCAGCUUCAAUCUUAUUUUAGGUUGUUUUGAGAACUGAAGUUGCAUUUGUAAGUUGACAUUAACAUAUUUGGUUUUCAUGACAAUUGAUAAAGUACUUUAAUAUAGGGGUUCCGUUUAAAAAAUAUCUUUAAAAGGCUGUGUUGGGUUUCUUUCUUUUUUUUUUAGAAAAAGCUUCUAUGACUUGUAUUUUGUUUUAUUUUGGUCCUAUCUAAUUAUGUAAGUAGUUUAAGAUGACAGUGUGCAAUGGAGUUCUCAAUUUCUUCACUUUUAUUCAAAUUUUUGUUAUUUGUGAUAAUGCUCCUAAAUUUCAUAAUAUUUUGUCUGACUCGGUUACUUUUGAUGCUUCCUUAUAAUUAUCAUAAAUAAUACUGAAUAAUAAAAAUCGUCUUUAGUUUUC